UUUUUAGUGGUAUUUCAUGUGAAAUUUUGUAUGUAUUUAAAUAAUAAACUGUUAAGCAAUAACAAAUCAGUCUUGAUCAGAAAAAACUUCCAGCCAAAAUUAAUUUAUUUAUUAAAUAAAAAUGAAGCUAAUUCUCGUAUUUUUAUUUCUGUUCGCGUUCAUAGAAUUUGGAAUGGGUUUGAUCAGAUGCAAAUGGGACGGUCAUUGUACGGGAAGUGGAAAGCCAGACAGAAACACUCUUUGUGGAAUAUGUUACAGCUGUACCUACAAGGGAUGUUGCCAUUGGUUAUACACUUUUGUUAAUGUGUGCUGCCAAAUUCCUGGUUGGCGCCAUAAAGAUUAUCAAAAACGCUUCUGUAAAGGAGUAUAA